ACACAGGACCUGUUCCAGUGCAAGGCCAGUCUGUGCAGAAGAGUGUUCCUGCUGUGGGCUGCAGGGAGCACUUCAUCCAGGUUCAGUAUUUUCUGUGCUGCCUGGACACAUUCAGAGCUCAGCUCUGAACACCAGAAGUCUCUUUUUCUUCAGAAGCUCUUAUGAAGACUGCUGCUAGGAGCACAUGUCCACAUGUGUUCUGUAAUUUUUACAGAGUGAUUUUCAGUAUAGUCUUAAGAGUGCUGCUGAGUCCUGAGGUGCAUGAAUACUUUCCACAGUUAACCAGCAUGGAUCAGUUCAUAUCUGACUUCCUGGUAGGAAAGAAUUUUCAGCAAUUGGCCACCAACUUUGUCCCUCACUACACCACAUUAGUCAGUAAGGUAGGGGGGAUCAUCUCUCCAGAAAAUCUUGAUAGACUUCAAGCAGCCCUUAAAGAGGCCAAGUUAAAAGAUGUGGCUGACAUAAUUGAGGAAUUACUUAUGGCAGCAGAGAAUGCUCCCCUGGAUGUGGCUGUGAUUGGGGAAUCUGGCACUGGGAAGUCCAGUUUCAUCAGUGCCCUGCAAGGACUUAGUUAUGAAGAGGAGGGUUCUGUGAGUGUUGGCAUUGUGGAGACUACCAUGAAGAAAACGCCCUAUCAACAUCCCAAAUAUCCCAAUGUGACCCUCUGGGACCUGCCUGGAACUGGAACCCCCAAUUUCCGUCCACAUGAAUAUCUAGAAAUGGUGGAAUUUGCUAUCUAUGACUUCUUCAUCAUUAUUUCUUCUUCUUGGUUUAGCCUCAAUGAUGCUUUGUUGGCCAAAAAUAUCAAGGAGAUAGGCAAGAAGUUCUACUUUGUUAGAACCAAGGUGGACAAUGAUUUAUAUAAUGAAGAGAAAAGCAAACCCACAUCUUUCAAAAGGGAGAGAGUGCUUCAGCGGAUACGUGACAACUGCCUGGCUAAUCUCAGCCACAUUGGAGUGCCUGAGCCAUGCAUCUUCUUGGUCUCCAACUUUGACCUGGAUGACUUUGAUUUCCCAAUACUGGAAGAGACCCUCCUGAAGGAGCUCCCUGUUCAUAAGUGCUACACCUUUGUGCUCCUGUUGCCCAAUUUGUCUGAUGCUUUCAUUAAGAUGAAGAGAGCUUUCCUCAAGGAGAAGAUCUGGCUGGAUGCCCUGAAAUCAUCUGCUUUGAGCUUCAUCCCCUUCAUGGCCUGCUUUAACGGCUUUGAUUUGCCCCAGCAGGAAAAGUGCUUGAACCUUUACCAGAGCCAUUUUGGUUUGGAUGAGAAGUCUGUCAAAGUGAUCACAGAGAAGCUGAGCAUGUCUUUGGAGGAGAUCAAGAGUUUCACCAAGUCCUUGAAUUUCUGGUUACUUGUGCAGGAUGACAGCAUAGCAGACAAGACCAUGAAGUGUGCUGAAUGCUAUUGCUUGGUACAUGGAGGUCUUCCAUCCACUCUCUUCCAGUUUUUUAAAAUCUACUUUCUACAUUUGAAAUUCAUCAAUACAGUGGCUGAUGAUGCUAAAAUUCUCUUGCAUAAGACUUUAGAGAGCUUAAGUCUCGGAAGAUGA